AAGAGCUGCUGGAAGCUUCGCAGCCCUGUGACUUUGGAGGACGAGAGCGAGAUGAUGAGGCUGGGGAAGAGUCGGCGGACAGAGCAUGUGGGAUCUUACUUCCUCCACCAGGGAUGGAACCCAUAUCCCCUGCAUUGGCAGGCGGAUUCUUGACCACUGCGCCACCAGGGAAGUCCCCAGGAUCGCACUCUCUGCAUUAUUUCUACUCGGCUGUGUCUGAGCCAGCUCCAGGAGUCCCUUCAUUUACUGCUUUUGGCUUCGUGGAUGACCAGCCCUUCAUUCGCUAUGACAGUGAGGAGAUGAAGGCAAAGUCUUCUCUUCAGUGGUUGAUGGAGGAGCCGAGUUACUUUGAGGAUGAGACCAAGAUCUUCACAAGUCGGAUGAAGAUUUUCCACUUAAAUCUGAGGAAUGUGCAGCAAUAUUACAACCAAACCAUGGAGGAUGGUCUGAACAAAGUGCUGGCACAAAAGCAAACAGGUCCCCACACCCUCCAGUUCACCUUCGGCUGUGAGCUCCAGCAGGACGGCAGGCCCACGGGGCACUGGCAGUAUGGCUAUGAUGGUGAGGACUACCUGAGCUUGCAUACGGACUCUCUGCAAUACACAGCAGCACCAUUCAUUGCUCGGUACACCAAAUGAAAAUGGGAGGCUGGUGGGAACUUCACUGAGAGAGACAAGAACUACUUGGAGAAAGAGUGCGUCCUGUGGCUGCAGAGAUACUUGAAAUUUGGAGGGGAGAGCUUGAACCGUACUGAGCCUCCCAAAACACACGUGGCCCAACACACCGGCCCUAAGGAGGUCACCCUGAGAUGCUGGGCCCUGAGUUUCUACCCUGCAGAGAUCACCCUGACCUGGCAGCGUGAUGGGGAGGAUCAGACCCAGGACAUGGAGCUUGUGGAGACCAGACCUGCAGGGGAUGGAACCUUCCAGAAGUGGGCGGCUGUUCUUGUGCCUUCUGGAGAGGAGCAGAGAUACACGUGCCAUGUGCAGCACGAGGGGCUGCCUGAGCCCGUUACGCUGAGAUGGGGACAUUGUGUUUCUUUCCUCAAGUGGAAAAAGAGGGGCUAUUCUCAGGCUGCAAGCAGUGACAGUGCUCUGGGCUCUGAUGUUCUCACUGAUUCUAAAGGUGGGACAGGAGGAGGCUGUGAGGAGCCGAGCGUGGACACGGCCUGGGCCCACUCCGUGCUCACUGCAUCGUGGGCUUUGAUGUGGUCACUCCUGGUCACAUCUUCUCAGCUUCUUUGUCCUUGUCCCUUCAGUAGAACCUUGUCCCACCAGGACUUGUGAUCACAGGGACUCGGACAUCACCUGGACCUUGUCUUGUCUUCUGGACUCUGGGCAGUGAGGACUUUACCUGGUUGGGUCAGCCAGGACUCAGGACUGGGUCUGGCCCUCAGCCCUCAUCUUUUGGGUGUUUAUUAUUAUUUUUUAUUUGUUUCUAUAGAGAAUUACGCCUCUUCUUGUUCUUGGGUAUGAAUUCUAGUCUCAUUUUACUCUGGGUGUCCCCCAUCUCUUGACAGGAGCAGGAGUGAUUUUGCCUGUCAUUGUCCCCACAAGGCCCAGGAGCUCCCUGCUCACUGUAGUGUCAGUGGUCUGCAGAAAUGAGUUUUCUGACUCAUCCAGCUCUUGCCCUCCUUCUAAGGCUAUUUUCUGGAUUGUUCUUUCCGUCUUUUCCCCAACCUUUCUUUAAGGAACCAGAUCCCAGAAUUAGUAGAGAGGAGGGAUCUGAUAGUUUCUCAUCUUAGAAAUUCCUCUUAUCUUCUCUGCUCAUUACUCCUUCUCCCUGCCCUUAGCUCUAGUAGUGCUAGUGCUGGCUUCAGGCCAGACUCAUGGAUUUAUAAAGCUGAGUCUAAUUUAGCUUUACAGUGGAUUGGAAAAUAGGACGCAUAGGUCAAGGACCAUUGUUUUCUCAAGAGGGAAAGAAGUUGUGUGCUGUGGUGUGCAGGAGGGUUGGUGUGGGAAGAAGGAG